GCAGGAGGCGAGGGCGCGGCUGCGGGGUUCCUGGUGCUGAAGACCGACGCCAUUGGAGCCCCAGGGAAGCAUGGCUGAAAGAAACCGCAGGGUGGAAUCCCAGAACUACAGUGUUGAAGACAUGGAUGAGGAUAGCGACGAAGUCGGGGAGGAAGAGAUGGCUGAAGGCAACGACUAUGGAGGAUUUGGUGCUUUUGGCGGCUAUGGCCCCCUCAGGAGCUUUGACAUCUAUAUCCUCAGAGCCUUUGGUAGCUUGGGUCCAGACCUUCCUAUCCCGUCGAAUGAGCCCUGGGCACUGGAAAACCCUGCGCUGCCACAGACCUUGGGGGAGGCAUUGCAGCUGGAUCCAGGAACACUUGCCAAUGGGACGGCUGCCAACUUAGCCCUCGCCGCCGCCUCCAGCGGUGCCGCUUGGGCCGCUGCCGCCGCUGUCCGUUCUGCCUUCAAUCAGUCGUUCGCUAGCCAGCACCGAGUGGGCACGCCGCAGGCCUCAGGAGAUGAUGCUCAGCCCACGACCUACGCAGAGGCUCAGGGGGCCACCCCUGAGAUGCCCCCUGUUUCUCCCCAGACCUCCCAGAUGUUAGUCACCAGUGAGAUGGCUGCACCUGGGGCUCCAACAACCUCCACACAGUCCCAGACAGCCCCCCCGGCCCAGGAGGCUGCUACCGAGGGUCCUCACACCGCCUGUGCUUUCUCUCAGGCUCCAAGUACCAGUGAGGUGGAUCAGGAUGAUGACUUUGAUUUCACGGCAGGUGCCUGUGGCAUGGACUUCCCACGCGCCAGGAGACCUGCCCCUACCCGAGAGGCUUCCACACGGGGCCCCAGUGCCGCCUCCCGUGUGCCCCGGGCAGAAUCUGCCACCCGGCCCAAGACGACUAAGUCUGGGAAGGCUCUGGCCAAGACUCGGUGGGUGGAGCCUCGGAAUGUUGUGGCAGCAGCUGCUGCCAAGGCCAGGAUGCCCACCCGCAUCCCUGAACCUCAGGGUGCAGCUGCUGCUGCUGAGCACAGUGCUGAGCCCUGGGCCAGGAUGGGCGGCAAGAGGACGAAGAAGUCUAAGCACCUGGAUGAGGAAUACGAGAGCAGCGAGGAGGAGAGAGAGCUUCCUGUGGUCCCACCGACCUGGAGAGUGCCGCAGCCCUCACUGGCGGGGCGAGCUCAGUUGGCCCCUCGGCCCGCCGUGGCCCCGAGGUCCGUUGCCCCGAGGUCCCAGAUACCCUCAAGGCAUGUACUGUGCGUGCCUCCCCGCGAUGUGACCCUUCUUCAAGAGAGGGCAAAUAAGUUGGUGAAAUACGUGAUGAUUAAGGACUACAAGAAGAUCCCCAUUAAGCGCUCAGACAUGCUGAAGGACGUCAUCCGAGAAUAUGACGAACACUUCCCUGAGAUCAUUGAACGAGCAACAUACACUCUGGAAAAGAAGUUUGGGAUUCACCUGAAGGAAAUCGACAAGGAAGAACACCUGUAUAUUCUUGUCUGCACACGGAAUUCCUCAGCUGGCCUCCUCGGAAAGACCAAGGACACUCCCAAGCUGAGCCUCCUCUUAGUGAUUCUGGGCGUCAUCUUUAUGAAUGGCAACCGUGCUAGCGAGG